GGAGAGAUCAAUGUUUUCUCAGGUGGUACAGGAGUGUAAAAAAGUUUGAGAACCAGCUCUGAAUUGUAAAUUACUUUUGCGCCCCUUAGUGGUCUGCAAGAGGAUAUGAUUCUUAGCCAUACAUUUAAAGGAAGUGGAUUUCGGUUUGUCUCCGGACAUUUUGACUGACCCCUAACACUGUUCCAUAAACGCCGACAACGAUGGAAAAAAUGUUUACGAAUUUUUUACGACUCUGUUUUGCGUCUCCCUCAGACGGAAAGGCGAUAUCGGAGGACGGCCCCGCCUCCCGAGUGCUGCUGAGGAAGGAGGUCCUCCGACUUAUCAUCAACCUCAGUUCCUCCGUGGGAACCAAAGGUCACGAAACAGGACUGCUGACGAUAAAGGAGAAGUUUUCUUACGCCUUUGAUGACAUCUGCCUGUACUCCGAGGUAUCACACCUCUUGGCCCACUGCAUGUUUCGCUUGACGUCCAGGCGUUUCAUACAGGAGCUCUUCCAGGACGUGCAAUUCAUGCCAGUAAGUGACAUCGCAAUAUAUCUCAAUAUAUCAUAUUGUUGCCCCCUGUAUCGCGAUACGUAUCGUAUCCCUAUAUCAGUGUUUGCCACUAGUUUUCUGGGCGACCCAUAUUUUUUAAAAAUCGCAAACUUUCGACGACUCAAGUCAAUAGAAAUUAUUCGUAAACCCCUGGGAAACGUGAUGCGACACAACCCCCCAAAAAAAUAAUUAAAAAAAAAAUUCUUGAGACCUA